UUAUGUUGCGGUGGAUUUGGUUGUGGCCGGGAGGGUUCAGCAAGUUCCUACUCCAAUUUGACUCGUUCCGAUCAUCCUCACAGUUCAAUCACAACAGGUCGCUGCCUUUUCCCGGCGGAGAGAGAGGCGGAGAGAGAGGCGGAUGGGUGCAAACAGUGAGGCCAACCAAGAUGGCUCCGACGAGCAGCAGAAGCGGUCUGAGAUCUAUACCUAUGAGGCGCCAUGGCACAUCUACGCGAUGAACUGGAGCGUCCGGCGAGACAAGAAGUACCGGCUAGCAAUCGCUAGUCUUCUGGAGCAGUAUCCCAACAGGGUGGAGAUUGUCCAGCUUGAUGAUUCCAGCGGCGAGAUCCGCUCCGACCCUAACCUCUCCUUUGAGCAUCCCUAUCCUCCCACCAAGACCAUCUUCAUUCCAGACAAGGAGUGCCAGCGCCCUGAUCUUCUCGCCACUUCCAGCGAUUUUCUCCGCGUAUGGCGCAUCUCAGACGAUCCUUCAUCUGUGGAGCUCAAGAGUCUUCUUAAUGGCAACAAGAACAGCGAGUUUUGUGGCCCUCUAACCUCCUUUGACUGGAACGAUGCUGAGCCAAAGCGCAUCGGAACCUCCAGUAUCGACACGACCUGCACCAUUUGGGAUAUUGAACGCGAGACCGUCGACACGCAACUUAUCGCCCACGAUAAGGAGGUUUAUGACAUCGCUUGGGGCGGUGUUGGUGUAUUUGCUUCCGUUUCCGCCGAUGGUUCUGUCCGCGUCUUCGAUUUGCGUGACAAGGAGCACUCUACCAUCAUCUACGAGAGUUCUGAGCCUGACACUCCAUUGGUUCGGCUAGGCUGGAACAAGCAGGACCCGAGAUAUAUGGCCACGAUUAUCAUGGACAGCGCCAAGGUUGUCGUGCUUGACAUUCGCUUCCCGACGCUCCCCGUCGUCGAGUUACAGAGGCACCAAGCUAGUGCGAACGCCAUUGCAUGGGCGCCUCAUAGUUCUUGCCACAUUUGCACUGCAGGGGAUGAUUCUCAGGCCUUGAUUUGGGAUUUGUCGUCCAUGGGCCAACCAGUCGAAGGUGGCCUCGAUCCCAUUCUUGCCUACACCGCUGGAGCAGAAAUCGAGCAGCUGCAAUGGUCCUCUUCCCAGCCGGACUGGGUUGCGAUUGCCUUUUCCACCAAGCUUCAGAUUCUGAGGGUAUGAUCCAUCAACACCUAGCUUUGGUUCUUCACCUACACAGAUAGUCAUGUCUGAGAACCAUCAUAUGUAACUAUGUUCUUGAAACUUGAUUCAACACUCGAAUUUAGAUUUAUCCUUCCUAGUGCUUUCUAUAUUGAUGCUUUUUCUGAUAAAUAUUAUCGAACACUUAUGAAGUAUGAAUAUUUUGUGCAUUUCUCUCAACUUGGAAAUUCCUUCUUUCCAUACAAAGUUUCUGCUGGAUUUAAAGUGUGCUAACUAUCUGUUCUGGAAUGGGGAGGAACUUGAUGAGAAUUAAGUCCAUUGUUCGAAGCACAUAGCCUUAUCAUCGACGAAUGUUAGAAUUGAAUGAUGAUAAAUUUACACGACGACAAGAAUUUAGAAGAGGGAAAAUGUUAUCUAAAGGUGAAAAGUUUCGAAUUCGUCUCGGAAGUUUGUAAGAAAGUGGUAGGUAUUCAAUUUUUUCUGAUCUUUGAUUACCUCUUUUCUCAUCCACCAAUUCAAUGAGUGUAUGUCAUGUAAGUUUAUCAUCAGCAAAUUUUAACAUUAAUCAACAGUGGGGAAAAGCCUGCAGGUGUGCAAGGUGCUGUCUUCACCUUAUUUUCCUCAAGUGAGGUGAUCACCAAUACAUGAAGCUUUAAGGUGUUUCCAAGUAUUUACUUCAACAGAAUUUACUUUUAUAUGAUUUGAUGUUGAAGGGCUUAUAAUUGAAGAACAGGGAUGAAAAGGAAGGCUUGUUCCUAUCUGCAUCUUCGCUCGAGUCUCUUCGGUACCAACCUAUAAGCUAUCGCCAUCAAAGGACUCUGAACCCAUCUACACAAUCCUCCUCCAUUGGUAUUGUCUGCUUUUCUCGUUCUUUUUCCUUUCUCCCAGUUCUCACGCUGAAAGUUGAAUCAGAACAAACAGGUUAGCCUUUUUGUUUGAUUUAAUUACUCAUCUUUGUAACAUUAAUCAUUUAUUAUGACAAAAUAAGAAAGAUUUCUUAUUGCUCA